UGCCUGGUUGUGUCGGUGACGACAGGCUCCCGCAUUAUUGUAAGUUUAUACCCGCUUGUGGGCACCAGACUCCCGCGACGAGUGUGUGAGAAAAGCCAUCCUUCACCCCCCACCCUACCUUGGUACAGCCGCGACCGACUCCUACCUGUUUAUCGCGAGUAAUAUAUGUGGUCGAUGCCUUGCGCAUUUGGACAUUAGAAACCUGGAAUAGUGGGUGACCGCGGGUCAACACCACUAUGGAUUCACAGUCUAUCACAACAGACUGUAUCACUCUCGGCAAUACAAUUGCUAAAGCUGAUAUCGCUCUUAAUGGAUUCGUCCGCGAGGUCCGGGAGGCCAGAUCUGACGUAGAUAACGUCUCGCGCGAGUUGCACUCGCUGCAAAGUGUUCUAGAUCUCUUGAAGGAAGAUGCUGGUCUGUUCCCUCCAGAGCUGGCAGAGCGUAUUCCCGCUGUCGUCGAGCAUUGUUCGAACGUAGUGAACGACUUAGAUUCAAGGAUAUCCGCUUUUAGCGACAGCGAAUUACCAAAGCCAGACAAGAGAUUGCAAUGGCUAGACACGGGGAGGAAAGAAAUCGCAACAUUCAGAACUUCCCUGGAGGCGCAUAAGGCUGUUUUAGGUCUUGCGAUAGAUUUGGUCGGAGCGACUACAAUCCGAGAUGCCACCUCAGAUGUAGAGCCUAAUAAGCGAAAUACGAUACAAAGAUAUCAGAAUAGUGCUGAGGUCUUGGAGGACGUUUCGCGAAUUUUAGUUGAGAUGAGUCAACUACGGAUGCGGCUGCCGAGCGAGUUUGAGAAGAGAGAAGGCGAAUUCAGCCUGUACGAUUAUAUGACUCGUCUGAUGUCGUUUGCCGAGGGAAUCGUCAGCUGCAAGGAGAGCGAGCAUGAGGCCGAACAGAUUGUCAAAAACAACGACCGGAACAUGGACCGAAGCACGAGCCAGGGUGCUUUUGUGGGAGAGAGUGAGCUGUUCGGAGCUUAUGUGGGUGAUCAACCUGACAGUGCGAUUGAUAUAACCGUGGAGCCCGCGUUUAGGGCGCUUAACAAUGUGCUGGAUAACACUGAAGAUGAAAAAAUCCCGACUAUUGAAGAGUUAAUGGCCAGUUUCGUAGGCGUUCCCAGCCGAGCACCGACUCCACCGCCGAAGGAUAUCAAGAGACUUGAGCUUGCCAGAAAACAUGCGGUGUCUCCGUUCGAGGCCAUGCCAGACUCUCCAACCAAUCCAUAUGGCGUCGUUACUGAAAUAAGUUCGGAAGGACGACCAUCAGAACCGGAGCCUUCCGUGAUGACAAAAAGCAGUAGAGGAUUUGGAAAGAUAUUCGCACCCUUUAAAAAUGCGAUUUCGGAGGGCAGGCCUCACACACGGUCAACAAGCUCAAGUACCGCAUCCGAUAUGCAGCCCCCAAUUAUCCAGGCCAGCCUUGUGAGAAGGGGUAGUCACAGGUUAUCGGUAUCUUUCAAGAAACUACCCAUGUGGAACACGGAGUUGAUGAUGGAUGAACCAGAAGGCCCAAGUGCCAAUGCGGUCUUCGGUGUAUCACUUCAGAAGAGUAUGCAGACUGCUAAGGGAACCUCUAAAACCCACCACUCGGGGAACGGGGGUUCUUCGCGAAGGGACUUUCCCCUAUGCAUGCAGAAGUGUUGCUUCUUUUUGAAACACGAAGGGGUCGAGGCACCGGAUAUCUUCGCCGAGCCGGGUGAUAGUUAUCGAGUACAAAAGCUGAAGGAGAUUUUCAGCAGUGGUCCAACGUACGGUGAAGAUGUCAAUUGGAACAACUUCGGCGUAUACGAUGCUGCGGACCUCAUCCUACUCUUCCUUUCGCAGCUCCCUAAGCCGCUAAUCCCAGAAGCGGCCGCAAAGCGAUGGAUUGCCUUUUCGAGACAGGCGACACUCUCAGGCUCUCAUGCAACGCGGCUUGACCAAUGUAUCGACUUCUGGGAAGAAGCUCUCGGCUGUCUUCGAGGGCCGAGCCGCACCCUUUUCAAGUUGCUGCUCAAUCUGUGGGCCGAUGUGGCGCAGGCAGAAGAAAAGAAUGACAUGACGGCCGAACGAUUAGCUGGCGUUCUUAUAAAGCCCCUCAUGCACAUCUCGUCCGGGAAGUACGAGACGGAUUACAUGCUGUCGCUUGCUUUUCUCAUUCGAAAGAGAGCAGAAUACACAGAUAUGCUAAAGCAAGACCAAGCGGAAGUUCGACGAAUUAGCAGAGCGGCGUGGUGAUGAAGCAAUGGCUUUGUCUCUCGUUGCAUCCUAAUAGUUAACUCAUUAUACUUCUCCAACGGCUCACAUCCAUAUCCAUCCAACAUUGAAUAUUUCGCAUACGCAUACGAAGAUACCCGGCGCAUUUUCUCAUCCAAGUCGCCUCAUACAUUUUCCUUCCUUUUCUUUUGCCGCAGUAGAAAUAAGGCCUUCGGAAGGUCGGCCGAAUUACAUAAUUUCAUGUGUUGGGGAGGUUGAGGAGAUAUUAAGCGCAGCAGCGUACGGGCUAAGCGGUGGAGAUGCAUUGGUUAGAGGCCAAAGAGGCUGGUAUGAUGCACGACGGGACGUAUGGACGUAUGAUAUUGACCGCUAUUGAAGUUAGCAAGCAGAGCAAAAUUUUCGCUCUGCAUGUCGGCGAGGAGCUUCCAAGGUUCUCAUAAUGUGUAACAAAUGUAUUGUGGGUUUGUUGGAUUUCAAAUGUUUGUCAACGAUACCAUACUACCAAACUAGGUGAUCAUAUAACGAUCUGCUGUCUCAACGUCUUGCAUACAAUUGACUGUAGAAUGAGAUACUUGCCUAGGUACUAUAAGCCCAAAGGACCGUUUAGUGAAUAUAAUAAUUAUGACUUCCCAGAUAAUGAAAACGUUGCAUCAUUCGAUGGUGAUUAUUGAAGUCGGAAAGCAAAUGUCCAAGACAUCAUUUAGAAGUUUGAGAUAGAC